AUGCACUUCGAUGGCUGUCGUCGUGGUUGUCGUGACGGAGUCGAAGGCGAGGAUGAGAGAAGUUUUGGCGGUGUAGAAAAUACGGCGUCACAUGACGAGGGGCCCCUGCCUAAGCGGGCAGUCGCACAAAACUGGGCAGCACGACACGACAACGCCUCUUCGUAUGACAAGGACGGAAUGCCAGCGUUACAGGUGUAUAGCCGGGGAAAUAGUCGAGAAUAUAUCGAGAAGAGGUCCGAGGGAGCGUCCGAUGAGUCGGGAAUUUCCUUUGGUUGUGCGCAGUCAGCAGGAGGGUCACACAGCCAAGGUUUACUGCCCGUGGGGGUUUCACACUUCCCAGGUUCGGAUUGUGUCAAGACCUCUCCAAAAUUCAGCCAGUCCUCCUGUGGAAUGGCCGGCAGGGAAUGUGUCAGCGAUAGUCGCUCGCCACUGGCAGUCGGCGAUUUGGACGGAGUUUCCUCGUACGGAGGGGUUCUCCGUACAGAGCACGGCAUAUCUACCUACAAGACGAGCCGACAGCAGCUGCCCGGUGAUUUGCUGGGUACCCUUCAGCAAGAAGUUGGCAGUCAGGCAGUCCGCAGAGAGUGA